ACCGGGCUGCCGGACUACAGCUCAGCGCGCGCGGCCCGCGGGGAUCCGGCGCGGCAGGAGCAAGGGAGCGCUGCAAGCCUGCGGUGGUCCCCGUUGGUCCCCAGCGGUCCUGCUGCACGCGGAUGAGUCCCGGGAGGGGUGUGAAGGCAGCGGCCCGACUGAGGAUCAGGACCGUGUGGCUGCUGCGACGUGCGGCCUCGUGCACCUCGCCAGUGCCCAAUACCCGGGAGAGUCUCGCUCCCCUCCCCAUCCUCGCCUUCCUCUGCAGCCUGAUUUCUUCUCCCACGUCUGGAUCUUACCUGAGUCUGGUGCCUGGCCCCGGCCCAGGAAGCCGCCUGCUUUUCCAAACUGCUCUUGGGCACCGCGUUGGUAUAUGAGAAACUACAGCAUCGUACACUUGGAGUAACUCGCGCCCGACUGGCCAAGAUGCAGAGUGGUUUCAUUUCUCAUUCCUGAAUGCGCGAUACUAUCAAGAGAACUGAAAAGCCUGGUCAUGGAAAUGGGGCCCUAUUACGUGGUGAAGAAUUUACCGCUUCAUGAGUUAAUUACACACGAAUUCAUCAACACCUUUGUAAAGAAAGGUUCAUGCUAUGCACUGACGUACAAUACAAAUAUUGAUGAAGACAAUACUGUGGCCCUGCUACCAAAUGGGAAAUUAAUUUUGUCAUUGGAUAAAGAUACUUAUGAAGAAACUGGACUUCAGGGUCAUCCAUCUCGGUAUUCUGGCAGAAAAGUUAUGAAAUUUAUUGUUUCCAUUGAUUUGAUGGAUUUGUCCAAUAACCCGGAUUCUAAGAAGUAUGGAAGAACAUCUUGGUCCCUCAAAGAAAAGAAGCCAUUGAAAUUCGAUUUUCUUUUAGCUCGGCAUAACGCAGGUGCAGAAGAAUCAACAAUGAUGUCAUACUUUUCCAGUUACCAAAUUCAAGAGCAUCAACCAAAAGUAGCCCUGAGCACAUUGAGAGAUCUCCAGUGCCCCGUGCUACAGAGCAACGCGCUCAGCGGAGAGCCGGAGGCGUCCUGCAGUGCUCCAGAGCUCUUUGACUGGCUUGGCGCCGUCUUCAGUAACGUGGACCUAAAUAAUGAGCCUAGUAGCUUCAUCUCAACCUAUUGCUGUCCUCAGCCAAGCACAAUUGUGGCAAAAGCGCAUUUGUGUACAAUCACUGGCUUCAUACUGCCAGAGAAGAUCUGUCUCCUCCUGGAACGACUGUGUCACUACUUCAAUGAACCAAAGUUAGCUCCGUGGGUUACGCUGUCGGUUCAAGGCUUUGCAGACAGCCCUGUUUCGUGGAGAGAAAAUGAACAUGGCUUUCAAAAAGGAGGAGAACAUUUAUACAACUUUGUGAUUUUUAAUAAUCAGGACUAUUGGCUUCAGAUGGCUGUUGGGGCAAAUGAUGACUGUCCACCAUAAAAAAAUACAAAAUUUAGACUCAA